AUGGAAAAAUUCGCGCGUGAAAUUGAUUUGGAAAGUGUCGGAAAGGUGUUGCGAAUUGAACAAAAUUUAGUCGGCGAUGUCGGUUGCGUCGUGUGGGACGCCGCUUUGGCGCUUGUGAAAUUUCUCGAUGUUCAAAAACUGAAUCCGGCGGCGUCUGAGACUAUCGUCGACGUUUCCGGUAAAACUAUUGUGGAACUGGGUUCCGGGACUGGUUGUGUCGGUAUAGCUGCUGCUUUGCUUGGGUGA